GUUAGGGCACAGCUCCAUGUGCAAACUCCAUGGGCCUGGCUGGCUUGGCUGGGCUCUGUAUGGAGGAGGGUCAAUGUCGCCUUCUUCUUCUGCACUUCACUUCCCUCCACCUUUCUUUUCAAAAUUUGUUUCUUUCUUUCCCCACCAAUUUUCCUCAUUGCCGAUGCCGACACAUGAUUGGUCAUUUUUCUUCUAUAAAAUGAGAAAAGAAAGAAAGAAAGCCACACACGUACAUGAUUGAUGAUUGAGGUAGCCAACUAGCCAUGGGGGAAUAUAUUGGAGACGACGGUGGAAUGUUGUUGUGAGAUACUUGCAAGCAGAAACGAUGUGUAACUUGAUUGCAUAACCUGUCGCUACCUAGCUAAUGCCUCUUUACCUUCUCUGGGAAUUUGUUAACCGGUGGUCAUAUUUCAUUCAUAAUCGAUUGGGCUUUAGAUAUGAGUUUAGAUGACUAAAUGAAUCAAUAAAAAAUAAGUCCAUCGUCAUUAUAAGUCAUUUAGAGCAUGAUAGUUGUUAGCAAAGCUACCCUUUUCAUGGUUAGAGGACAUAUGCGCCAAUUUUGAGAACAGGAAGCAACCAGCUUUGCCCAGAUUUGCAAAGUUUCUCGGCCAGCUUCCCCGACAACAGACUUCAUUGUCGGUGGAGAAUAGCCUCGGGCUGAAUCCGUGCUCUGUAGCUAGAGGUUAGCACGUAUCUAACAACUAUCCCAUCCUAGGCCAAGUUUAACCUAGAAUGGCUCCAUGCUCCAAAAGACUUAUAAUGUUGAUGUUUCUCAAUAGGCGCAUAUCGCCUUUCAUGGGUUCCCAUCUUUCGACCGACGUAGUAGCCAUGAGCGCCCAUCGUUUGGACUAUAAUUGUCGAAUGCUUUGUGACAGAAGUGACAUUUUUGCAUAUAGUUCAAGCCCCUGAUACAAUAGUCUAGAUCGAUGUGACUAUAUAUGAGUAUAGGGGAGGCGUACUCGGAAGCGUGUCCAAAAUAAACAUACAAGAUUCAAUGUACUGGGUAUAUAAGAUUAAGACCAAAUGUAUACAACUUGUAAAACCUAAAAGAGUUCGUACUGGUCCGUGCAACUCAAGUAGUUGGACCGCCCACCAUGACUGUAAGCUACUCUUUUGAUCCUAGCAUCUCAUGCCAGCUGAAGAGCUUUGCAACUCCUGUCAAUUACUCGCGUGAUGGAGCACACACCCAUGUUAGAUGCAAAUGCUGACAAGCAACACCCAAUGUGAUCUCUUAUAGAUCACUCGUAGUGGCGUGGUGUCUAUGCACAAAGUUGUAUGUGUUAAAUGUAACUCACUUUAGAGCAUAUGACUCCAUGAAAUAUGUUCAUCCGAUUGUGGAGACUGAUCGGGCUUAUGCAUCAACUUGUCUUUCUCAAUGAUAAUCCACCAUAUACGUAUCCAUGCAAGGACGCAAUGUAAAAAGGUUGUAGUGGUAAUUUUGGAGCUUGUGAAGGCCUGCUCAUUUCUCAUCUUAUAGAGACACAAAUAGAUGAUACUAAAAACGAGGUUGAUACGCGCGGUAGGCUAAGGUUCAUUGAGAGCCUUUAGAGACAAACUGAAGAAAAACUAUCACAAUAGGCUGCCCAUUUCUAGAUUGGAAGUCCAAAAUUAAAGACUAUCAAGAAAGUUAUGUGUAUAUAUACUUUCAAAUUUGGCAUAAACACUUGCAAGCAUGAAUUAUGUUAUUUGUGCAUAAGCACUUUUCAAAUUUUAGCUACCGUUUAAAGCAAUUUGGGGAUGGACCAAAAUGAAAACUUUCUUUUCUCCAACUUUUCAGCACAUAUGAGGACGAGGGGAGUACUGGCUAGAUACAAUAAAGAAGAAGUCUUUGUUAAGGGAGAGAUCCAUGGAGUGCAACCCAAGUUAAGAUACAUAAAGGAAACAAAGGCUGACAAUUAUAAACAUGGCUCUCUUCCAGUAUUUGGUGAUUUCUGUUUUGAAAGAAAAAGAAAAGCCCUUUCUAGUGGGGGAAGUUCUGAUGCAAAGAGUACAUUUCAAGCUAGUUACAAAAAGAAUGAGUGACAAAAGAUAAGAGGGAGAGGUAGCAACCAACUUUCCCCCAUUGGAGGAGAGUGAAGACUAUAGAAGAGUGUUCUUGUGAAAGUGGAACUAGAUAGACCACCCACAUCACAACUUCCAUCAUGAUUCUAUCUCAUUCAUUCCCCAUAUAUCAAGCCACCAAUAUGAACAUGGCAACAAAUUUUCUUUUCCCUAUUUUGCAUUGCCAAAGGUAUCAUUGGAGAAAAACAACUACAUACGAGAAAUCCAAAACUUUCUCAUGUCAGAUCACAAAAUAAAAAAUAAAUGUACUGAUCGAUUAAUAAUCGGUCAUGUAAGAAAGUGAUUAAGUAUCAAACGUGGACCUCUCCCAACAACUCGAAUCGUUGGGAUCAGUUGGUUUAUGACAUGGUCACAAAUUAAAGCUAGUUUAUCCAUGUCCAUGAGGUAGUGUGUUCAAGUCCUCACCCCUCAAUAUUAAUCGUUGUCUCAAAGCACAUGAUAAGACAGAUCUUUGUAAAAUUCAAACCCAUAAGUUGAUUUUCGUUUGAAGAGGCAUAGGUAAGAUCCAACAACAAAAACACUUACUAUUUUUUUUUUCCUCUCGAGUUCCAUAAUCGAGUCACUUUAGGAAGACACAAAGAUUUGGGUCUCUUUAAAAAUUAAUACCCACUAAAAAAAUAUCAUAAAGUGGUUCCUAAGGG